AUGACAGUUGAUAGCACGAGCGGCAGCGGUGACGGCGCUGGAGGAAGUGGCAAGAACACUACCGCCGCAAAAAAGCCCAGUAUUGCCAAUGCCGUGCCCCCACCAAAGAAAAAUCCGCAUUUACUUCGUUUGGCGACGUUUUACAAUACGCGCAUUCCACUAGGUGUCCGCGAAUUUGUUUUUUUGGGCCCACUACUGCUCAUAACCUUUGGUAUUGCUUAUUACAUUCCAGUGCUAGUUCCCGUCGAGAAAUUUACGCAAGGCAUCACACCCAAUACGAUGCCCAUGGCAGAUUAUACACUAGAGCCCAUGUAUGAUAAACAUGGAGGGUUGAAGGGAUACCGUCGCAUCCUUCGACAUCACAGUGAAAAGGGGGGAACUGCGUAG